ACUAGAAAGUUCAAAGUAGGAUAUAAGAAAGGAAAAGUGGUAAGAUGGAGGUCGUUGGAAUGGUGUAACGGCACGUGCAGUGCAGAGCGUUUUGAAACCCCUCCUCCUCCGAAAACCUAAUCCACGUAAAUGCUCAGAUCCUCUAAGUAACUUCGAAAAUCAAUCACUACGACUGAAGAAAUGGCGGUUCCGGUGGUGCGGUUCCCGAUCUUCCUGAUGAUAAGGGUGAUGGGCGUGAUAGUCACCGCUCUGUUGCUGACCUGGACCCUCCAUUACAGAGGAGGCUUAGCUCUCAUUUCCGACAACAAGGACCUCAUCUUCAACGUCCAUCCAGUUCUAAUGGUGAUCGGCUUCCUGCUAUUAAAUGGCGAAGCCAUGGUUGCAUACAAGUCAAUUCCAGGAACAAGAAGCUUUAGAAAGUUAGUUCAUCUAACAUUACAAUCCCUUGCUUUCUGUUUAAGCAUCAUUGGUGUAUGGGCUGCUCUAAAGUUCCACAAUGAAAAGGGGAUUGACAAUUUCUACAGCCUACAUUCAUGGUUGGGUCUAGCUUGCCUUUUUCUCUUUGGCAUUCAGUGGGCGGCUGGAUUUGCAACCUUCUGGUAUCCAGGUGGAUCAAAAAAUAGCAGAGCGACCCUGCUACCAUGGCAUGUAUUCUUUGGGUUUUAUAUUUAUGCCCUUGCUGUUGCUACUGCGACUACUGGUAUUUUAGAAAAAGCAACAUUUCUUCAAACCAGCGGGGUAAUAUCACGCUAUUCAAUGGAGGCUUUUCUGGUCAAUUCUUUGGGAGUAUUGAUCGUUGUCCUCGGUGGUUUUGUUGCUCUUGCAGUUGUUACCGAUGCGCAUAGUUGAUGCCCACAGCCCACAGAGGACCAACAAAACAGUAAACAGGGUCCCAAUUCGUAUAUUUUUUUUGGUUCUCAAGUGACCAAGAGGUGUAUUUUUAUUCAACAUGUAAUAAAAGGGCUACUUAUUUUGUUACCAAA